AUGAUUACAUUUGUUUGUUGCAGUUGGGCAUCAGACAUUGAACUCUCUGGCAGUAUACCUGACUUCAUAGGAAAUUGGUCAAAGCUUACUUCCUUGGACUUGAUCUUCAACAAUCUAACUGGACAAAUACCAGACUCACUGUUUAAUUUGAGUUCUCUUUCCAUCCUGUUUCUUGGAAACAAUAAGUUGAAUGGCGCUCUCUCUGAAUCGAAAAGCUCAUCUCUUCUCAAUGUAGAUUUAUCAUACAAUAAUCUAGUUGGGAGCAUUCCUUCUUGGGUCAACGGAACGAGUUUACAGCUGAAGCUGUCAAGGGACAAUUAUGGAGAUUACGUGAUCCCCAGGGGAAGCCACCAGGUGUAAUGCAGUAGUACAGCUAGCUAGUUCGUAUAUUUAACUUGUGUCUAGUAGAAAUUCUUCCUUCAUUAAGUAUUUGGACUUGUCUGCAGAUUCAAAUUAGUAGAUAUGGGCCAUUUUGAACUGAUGCUCAUGAUUAGGUUUGUGUACAUGAGACAAUGGUGGAUUAGUGAAAAUUUCAAUGAAUGAUUUUGGAUGUGUAUUUUAUGGUUUUAUG